UUUGCACUGAGCAAACAUUAAAACAAACAACAGUAACAAUAUUUUUUUUUUUUACAAGUUUUCUCUGCUGAGACACUAAAAUUCGAGUACAAACCACAAGCUAGGUGCAAAUAAAUGGCGAACACGAGGGAGGAUAUCAAAGGUCUUCUCACUGCCAAGAGCAGCCAAAUUAAACGUUUUAGCCAGGCUAGCCAAAAGAGUAGGGAUAGCAAUGUAAGCAGAAUUAAAACGGACGAACAGCAACCAAAACUAAAAAAACAGCAGCAGCAGCAGCAACAACAACAACAACAACAACAACAGCAACAGCAGCAGCAACAACAACCACUUGGAUUCCAUCAUCGUGGCAAAAAUACAUCGAGCAGCAUAAUUAGCAAUAACGCGCAUCUUCGGCCACGCGCUGGACUGCGAGGAAAAUCGUAUUGGAAGGAUGUGAUUGCCGAGGUCGAAUUUGCCGUGCACUGUGUCUCACAGCCACGCAUACCCGUAAUCGAUUACUCGGUGGUGCUGCCCCCACGCCUCAGGGAGCGCGUCAAGCACAUACAAACGUAUGAUUACUCCAACUCGGACGAUGUUGUUUUCAUACGCGAGGAUAUGCGCGAGGAGCGGCCGUUCGACUACCAAAUUGAAAGCGAACAGGAUGAGGAGGAGGGACAGGAGGACGGCGCACACGGCGCAGAGCAUGGACGCAAAAAGGUCGAGGAGGUAUUCAAUGAAAGUCAACAUUCGGACAUUGUGCGCAUGGAUCAUGAAUUUGAAAAGUUUGACCUGAAGCUAGACGAGCCAGUUGGUCAUACGCAUCGCAAGCUGGACAAGACCAGUUGGUUUGCCAAAUAUUUGUGUGCGGGGCGUGAGGAGCGCAUUGCGUGGGAAUCGCGCGUAGAGCGCUCCAAGCCCGAGGACUUGGUUUACACUCUAGAUGAGCAGGCGGAGAAUCUAAUGGAUGCGUCAGCUGAGCGCUUUAUCCACUGGCUCAACUCCAUUGGCACCAUGGACACCACCAUGACGCCCGAAAAGGUUAAAAACUUAUUUUCCAUCAAAGGCGAUCGCACGCUGCUUGCCUCAGUCAAAACAGAUCCCAAAGAAGUUAAUGCCAUAGCUCAGACCGUAGCUGACAAAUGGAAUAAGCCGCAUAUGGCCAUUGAAUUGAAAUAUGAGAAGCAUAUUAACGAGCAUGCGAUGCGUGUUACUCAGAAGCCUUUGCUUUCCGCCUUUGGACGCACUGUGCCGCUCAAGGAACGGCCAUGGGUGAAGCGUUCUGGGGACAAGGUCAUUGAGACUGUCUAUCCACAGGAUCUGCUGACGCGUGAGAAAAUCUUUAAGGGCAUCACUCACUUGCGUAGCACAACGGCGCUCAUCGAUUUCUAUCUGAACAAUCCUAAAUUGGCGCGACCAUUGUAUCUGUUGCAGAGUGGCGACUUCCAGGAAAUGAGCACCAGCGAAUCUGUCAUGGAGGUGCCACUCUAUGAGUACUUGGGACUACGUUAUUAAAAGCUGCAUUUUUAAAUCAAAUAUGUAUUGUGUGAACAUGAAAAUAUAAACUGCAAUUCCAAUUGCAAUUGGGCCACUUGCCAAACUGGCAAUUAGCUAUUUAGG